GUCUCGAAAUGGUGCGACUGCCCCCGCUCUUCGUUACAAGCCAUUUGCAUGAGAAGUAGACAUCAUUAUCAUGGUAAUGGAGCAGCACUGAACGUCAAGAAAGCAACACUGAUCCCAACCCAAAAGCUACCAAAACAGCAGUAAAACCGAAACAAGAUGAAAGUUCUACUAGUCGUUCUUCUAGCGGCCAUCGUCGCCUCGCAGAAAAUAGCCCCGUUGCUAAAAGUUGCUGAUGCUAUUCCCGGACGUUACAUCGUCAAACUCAAGGAAGGACGAAAGAUUGAUGAUGUGACGAUGAAAUUGACUGGUGCAAAUAUAACCCGCAAGUACAGCAAAGUAUUCAGUGGGUUUGCAGCCGAUCUCAGCGAUUCUUUAGUUGAAUGGCUCCGUGAAUCAGAAGCUGUUGAGUUCAUCGAACAGGACGGUGUGGUUCGGGCUAGUUCAGUAGCAUCAUGGGGUCUCGAUCGCAUUGACCAGCUCGAUCUCCCACUCGAUGACAUCUACCAGUCCGAUAUUGGUGACGGCAGUGGGGUAGAUGUCUACAUCCUCGAUACAGGAAUCAACUUAAACCAUACAGACUGGGAGGGCCGAGCGUCGUAUGGCAAGGAUACAGUCAACGGAGACUUUGACUCUGAGGAUUGCAAUGGACAUGGAUCUCACUGCGCAGGUACUCUUGGAGGAACUCAGUAUGGUGUCGCCAAAGCGGUGAAUCUUAUCGGAGUUCGUGUUCUUAACUGCAAUGGAAUAGCUCCAAUUUCCGUAAUUAUUGAAGGUUGUGAGUGGGUAAUAGGUGAUGUCACAGAGCACACUCAGAGGCCUGUUGUAGCUUCCAUGUCGAUCGGAGCUGAUUUUAGCAGAUCAUUCAAUGAUGCUGUCAUUGCGAUGAUUGAUGCUAAUAUCACAGUCGUUGUAGCGGCGGGAAAUGACAACGACUACGCCUGUUCAUAUUCCCCUGGAGGAAUUCUGCAGGCAAUCACAGUCGGAGCUACAAAUGUCAAUGACGCUAGAGCUUCUUUCUCAAACUAUGGCUACUGUGUGGAUAUAUUUGCACCUGGUGAUGAUAUAACGUCAGCAUGGUAUGGUGCACCCGGUGCCAGUAAUACGAUCAGUGGUACAUCGAUGGCUUGCCCGCAUGUAGCAGGUGCUGCAGCAGCUUUACUUGGUGCCAACCCGAACCUCUUGCCCUCUGAAGUGAAGGAUACGCUUCAACUCAAAGCUGUGGUAGAUAAAGUAUCGGACGCAAAAGAAGGAUCUCCAAACUUACUCCUCUAUGUAGGGAAGGGAUCGGGAGGGGGCUACAUCCACGCAGGUUGCAAUCAGGUACUUAAUUCACUAUCUGGGACGGUCAUUAGCCCGUAUUAUCCCGAUUUUUAUACUGACAACAUGAACUGCGAAUACCUUUUGACGACGACCAAUGAGAAAGAAGUCAUCUCUCUUUCCUUUGAUACAUUUGACAUCGAGAGCCAUGCCGAAUGUUCGUACGAUUCACUCACGACUUACGAUGGAGCGAGCAUAGAGGAUCCAGUGCUUUAUGUUUUAUGCGGCAAUACUCUUCCUGAUGCAUUCAUGAGUACUGGUACUAGUUUGCUCCUUGUUUUCAGAAGUGAUAACUCUGUCCAGAAGAUAUCAAGGGUCAGAUUGACGUCGUGUAUUGACGUGAUUAUGACGUCUUCGAGAGUCAACAACGACGUCUUAAUGACAUCCGUGCAACGUGUUCCUGACCGGUUUUAG